AAUCAAAGAAAAUAAAAGAAUGUGGGUUAUAUGGUGGAUAUUGCUGCAAAAGAAAAACCAGACCUUCCAUGCUGAAGGGUGAGAGAGACAGCAAAGAGAUUGAGAGAGAAAGAGAGAGAUGGUGUGAUAAAGGAGGAGGUUUAAGGGAGGGUUUUAGGUCCACCAACUGGUAGUUAGAGAUAGAACUCCUUAACCAAACAUAUCCUCAACAACAGCCAAAGGAGAAGAAAAAAGAAGAAGAGGAAGAAAGGGAAGGAAGAAAGAAAGCAAUAGUGGAAGAAUUUGAAAGAAGAAGCAAAAAGAGAGAGAGAGAGAGAGAGGAGGUCAAGUACUACCAACUACUACAACUGGGUUUCAAAGCAAGAACCUCAAAAAGCAAAAAAAGUUUCUUCUUUUAUCUCCAAAAAGAGGAAACUAUUUUUAAGAAGAGAAAAAUAGUUAGAAGAGGGAAAGCUAUCAUCUUUUGAAGGGGAGAGACACAGAGAGAGAGAGAGAGAGAGAGAGAGAGAGAGGAGGUAUAAGGUUCAAGUUUGAGUGAAUCUCUCACGUGGGGUUUGAUGGAAAUGAUGGAUAGAGAAUAUAUGAUUAGCAAAAAGGAGCAAAAAAAAGUGAUAUAAUUCAUUGCUCUUUUUCUCUCUCUCUUUGAGUUUGAAUUAUUAUUAUCAUUACCUUUUAUUUCUAUCAGCAAACUGAAAAGGCUCUUUUUUUUGGGUUUAUCUCUGUUUUGAUAUUUUUAUUGUGGUAUGUGCAAAAAUUUCGAUGAAAAGUGAAGUGUUGGGUGGUUGUUGUUCUGGGUUCUUGGGAUCGCAAAGUGUUUGGUUUCUGAAGGAUUUUGUUAUCAGCAGCGGAUCGGGUGGUGUCUUUGAGAAUUCCUGUUCCCCACAACUCCCACAAGUGUUACUGGUUUCAAGACGAUUGCUGUGUUGAAUGCUUUGCUCACUAGUAAAGCAUCCAUUCAUGAUAGAAACUGAUAAUUGUGAAAUGUCAAGAAGCUUAACCUGUGACUUUUACAAACUUGGAUAAAGAUUAUACAUCUUUUGAGAUUAUGUAUUUGGAUGAGAUUUCAGUUCAUGGCGCAACUGUGUAAUCUGACUUGAACUGGGGGCCAGGAAAGUUUCAAGAUUGAGAGAAAUAUGGCUACGUAUUACACUGGUUCCAAUAAUCAAAGAGAUACCGCUUCAAUGAUCUAUUUAAGAGAAUCGAUGCCUGGUUCAUAUCCAGAGGCACCAGUUCUUCCUGUUAAUACUAUGAUGUAUAUGAAUUCUGGUUCAUACUCAGACGCAUUCGCCGGGAAUUCUCAGCAACAAAAUAACUGCAUUGAGAUUCAGGCUGUGGAAGCUUCAGAUUCCACUUCACAGCAUCAAGAAAUCUUGUCAAACCUUGGUGGCUCCCGAGUUGGGGUGCAUGAUUUUGGUACUUGGAGGGAUGGUAGAAACGAAAUGCUAGUUAUGCAUCCAAUGGGUGGUCCUGCCAGCAUCCUCCAUGGUGGUCAAAGCUUGCAAGGGCAAGGACUGUCCCUUAGCCUUGGCACCCAAAUUCCCUCUGGAAUUCAAAUGCCUUCCAUGCCCUAUCGAAACCCCAAUUCAGGGUUUGCUUCAUUCUUGAGUCCAAAUCAAUCACUUACCGGAGAGGGUGGCAGCAGGAAUAGCUCUUCUAGAGAUGAACAGUCAAGAAAUGCUGAAUAUCUGGCACCUGGUUUUUCUGGAGGUAACCAAGAUUCAAAUAAAGGGGAUAUGUCUGCAUAUGGGAUGUCGAGUAUUGCAAGAACUAUUCCUAAUUCCAAAUAUCUCAAGGCAGCACAACAGCUGCUUGAUGAAGUUGUUAAUGUUCGAAAGGCUCUAAAGCAGCCUGAUGGAGAGAAAAACCAAAGCUCACAAGACCGGAUGAAGAGUUCCACGGAUGAUGAUAGGGGAUCAAAGAAUGUGCCUUCAAACCAGCAAGAAUGUUCCAACAACUCUCCAAACGAGCUUUCACAUGCUGAAAGACAAGAACUGCAAAGCAAGUUAACAAAGCUGUCGUCCAUGUUGGAUGAGGUUGAUAGAAGGUAUAAACAGUAUUAUCAUCAGAUGCAGAUUGUAGUAUCAUCAUUUGAUGUGAUAGCAGGGUGUGGAGCAGCUAAGCCUUACACAGCACUUGCACUGCAGACUAUAUCCCGCCACUUCCGAUGCUUGCGUGAUGCAAUUAAUGGUCAAAUUCGGGUAACACGUAAAAAUCUCGGGGAGCAGGAUACUUCAGAAAACAGUAAAGGAGUAGGAAUUUCUCGUCUACGGUAUGUGGAUCAGCAGCUGAGACAACAGAGAGCUCUUCAGCAGCUUGGUAUGAUGCAACAACAUGCAUGGAGGCCUCAGAGAGGGCUGCCUGAAAGCUCGGUUUCAAUACUUCGUGCUUGGCUGUUUGAGCAUUUUCUUCAUCCCUACCCAAAGGAUUCUGAUAAGAUCAUGCUAGCAAGACAAACAGGCUUGACUAGAAGUCAGGUUUCCAAUUGGUUUAUAAAUGCACGGGUCCGUCUCUGGAAGCCUAUGGUUGAAGAGAUGUACAAGGAAGAAUUUGCAGAUGCAGAAAUGGACUCUAAUUCUUCAUCUGAAAAUGCAGUCAAAGCAACGAAGGGUGAUACAAGGACCUCUGAGGACAGAGGUGAAGAUCUGCAACAAAGUGGGAGUUCAUCAGCCACAGAGAGAUGUAGCACUGGACAAUUGAUGGAUUCCAAAUCGGACCAUGUUUCUGAUGUAGAAAUGGCAGUACCAAGUACUGGAGCUGGUUUCCAAAAUGUCACACGUGGAGAAACUGAAACUGAAUAUGGGUUACUGAAGCUAAGGGAAGAGCAGAGGCCUAAUGUGGAUGACUCUAAUCUACUUCCUGAUGCAAUUGCUCAUUCUGGUGGCGGUAAUGAUCGGUUUAUGGCAGCUGCUGCUGCUGCUUAUCACAUGUCAGAAUUGGGGAGGUUUGGAAGUGGAAGCGGUGUCUCUCUCACAUUGGGAUUGCAGCAUUGCGAGGGGGGUAGUAUACCUAUGUCAGGUGGAAGCCAUCAAAGUUUCGUUGCAGUGAGAGGGGAUGGCAUAUACAAUCCUGCAGCAUCUUCUGUAGGAGCCGAAACAGCAGAUUUUGAAUGCAUAAAUCCUGGUAACAGGCAGCACAGGUUCAGUUCCUCUCAUUUGUUACAUGAUUUUGUAGCAUGAAAUGUCCUUGACUGCUGAUUAACAUGGGUUAAUCUUCACAUUAUUCUCUUACGGGGAGAAGCAACAGCCGAGUGAGAGCCAGAUUAUCAACUGCUCGUUCAUCUUGCUUGCCAGUGGUAUUGGAAAGAUAAGUCCUCUGAAUAUGGAGAAAGUAUAAAGACACAGUUGUAAUAUAUCCAGAAACUGAUUGGAGGGUCAGCAUAUUUGUAAAGAUACAUAAUUUUUGUUUAAUAUGUGAAGGGAAAAUGUACAAUUAGUUGCAGCUUCAGUAUUGAAGAAGAAACAUUCCUGAUUUGAAAUAAAGGUAGGAAUUGGGUUGUUCUAUCCAGGUGGACACAAUGAUUUUGAUUGUGCUCUGCACUGUUUUCACAUUGAA